CUCUGUGGGCGUGGCCUCGCUCGUCCACUUCCGUUCCGCUCGCUCGGCUCGCUGUUGAGCUCCGCGAUGAUAUCCGACUUCCUCCUGUUUGGGACGCUGCUGGUGAACGCGGGUGCGGUGCUCAACUUCAAGCUGAAACGAAAGGAGUCGGUGCAAGGGUUCGGAGCAGAUACGGUGGAGCACACAACCGGCGAUGGCAUUCGCGAGUUUCUGCUGAGUCUGCGCUACUUCCGGAUAUUCAUCGCCAUGUGGAACAUCCUCAUGAUGCUGUGCAUGGUCGUGCUGUUUGGUUCGUAGCGGAGACGUGGGUGCCAUCACCCUCCGGCCCCGUACCCUCUACUCCUCUUGCCGAUUUCGCCGAGCCUCUCCCGGUUCCCCCCCCCCCCAAACGCCCUCACCCAGUUACAUUUGGCGCCACCAAACACCCAGCCAGCCCGGAAAUGUCCGGUGCCGAUUUUGGCUUUCCUCGCUUUUACCGAAUACAAUAGGGGGCCCGCUCGCAGCUGCACCUUCUGAAGAAGAUGAAGGAUUCUUUUUCUUGGACCAAACGCCGUCAGAAUCGUGGCGUUUCGCCGGGCUGAGUGGCACGGUUAACGCAAGUCGACGAUGAGAAGUUGCUGUCUGCGAGGCUUUUCAUUUCGAUGUCUUUUCGCGCGCAAGAUUAGAAUAGAAGCAGCCAACGUAAUCCUACGCACGUGACCGCUAAUCCGCAUCCCUCUUGAAGACCCCUCUCGUCACCUCUCUCAUCUCUUGUUUAUGAAUUAUGUCCGUUCCGAACUGCCUAACGCAAUUCAAUCCACCAGACAGUUGUUGCGAUGCCCACUCGGCUGGGUCGUCCCAGCCGCUCACCCCGUGAGUUGGCGAAGCCUCGGUCAUUACUUAAAUACAAAAGCCAAACUAAAACUCGUGGCGGGCGGCAGAGGGCGGUGCGGCGCAAACCAGUUGCUGUACUGCACUUCUAUGCUUCCAUGUUCAAGUGGAUGCCGAGUAACCGUCACAGGGGGCGAUGGGGAGGGAAUUGAUUCCACGGUGUGGUAAGUGGGUUGGUGGGUGAAUCAACGAGUGAAGUUUACGGGACGGCCAUCAUUCUAGCGGCGUUAGCAAAGUGGUGACGAGGUGACUGACCACCGGCGAGUCACUGGAGUGAAUUGGCGAGUGCCAGAUCAUCAAUUCUUAUCUGGCAACGGCAAGAUGGGAGGGCUGUCGAGGUUCCAUCUUCAAUUUAGGUGAAAGAGACGCGUGAAACACCGAAAGCUUCCGUCGUUCGACGCGACCGUAACGCACCAUCGUUUGACGCGCGUUGAGCCGCUUGCGUGGUGGUGACGGUGGUGGUGGUGGUGGUGACAGUGGUGACGGUGACGGUUUUCCCGGCGUACUUUUGUGUUGCAGCUGUCCCUUCAGCAGCGACUACCUUUGAGGUCAAUAAACGAAACUCCCGA